CGUCCUUAAUAAUGUUGAACAAAACUUUAUACCGAUUGUCAAAAAACUUAUGAAAAUGUCUUAAGACUUCACAAAUUUUUUUUACAAGAUGCAUCUUCAUUAGUUAAAUCCACAAAAAAAUGUUUUCCUUGUUCAGUUUUUUUUUAAGUUGUCGCUUACACAGUCUUCAUUUAUUUUUGUUAGCCCACUUCUAUUAAUCAAGAAAUUAAAAAUUUUAAGUUGUGAUAAGCUAAGUGUGAAAAUUGUUAUUUAAAAAAAGUCUUGAGGAAAAAAAAAUCAGUUGGAUAUAUUCAGCCGAAAAGAGAGUGAAGAGAUCCAUCGAAACUCAAUACAAUCAACAUUUUUUUACUUCGUUUCGUUAAAAAUAGAAGAAAAAAAGAAAAGAAUUAAUUACAACAACAAGUCGGGUAAACAAUCCAUAAGAAUAUUUUUCCUUCCCGCUUCAUGUUUGGAGUUUUGAUGGAUAACUCAGAAGAUAGUCUACGAUAGAGGGUGUAACAAGUUUAGUUCGAUGAAACAGGCUUAUUCUUCCUUACUCCACGUUCGAUGCCUUUUAAACUUGUCAUACGCAAACUUUAUCAGAACUUUGACAAAGCUUGUCAAAACAUAAAAUUAUGAACAUAAACAUUUUGAAAGUGUAUUAAAACUUAUUGUGGCUUUAUAUUUUUGUAACUUAAACUUCAAGGUGAAACGGAAAAUCAAAAUCUCAUCAAAGACUUUAUUUAUGCAAAUGUUGAAAAGUUAAAAUUGAUCUUAAAUCCAAGUUAGAUGAAAUUGUGACUUAAAAAAAGUGAUUGAAUUAAAAAAGAAGAAAAAUAUAAUAAAGUAAUUUAAUUAGUGUGUUAUGAAUUAUAAUUUCAUACCAGAUUAUGAUAGUAGUAAACCAAGACCUCCGGUUCCCGGUAAAGAAGAUUCGCGUAAAUUUAAGAUGAGCGAUUUAUCGCAGAUUCCUGAUGAUAUUCGUCAAAAUAUUAAGAGAAGUCAAAAAGAUAGCAGUUUCAUCCUUACACCCGAUCUCUUCGAUCAAAUGCAAAAAGAUGUCGAACAGGUCAUCAAUGCAACAACUUAUCCAAACUUUUUACAAUCGGAUAUGUAUUUGCAAUAUGUUCAAACCUUUCACAGUGCCAUUGAUCGAAGUCAUAAUCCCGCUUCAAUCUCAGCAUCGACAACAACAACGAAUUCAACCACCACUUCUUCGUUCACAUUUUCUGAUGCUUCAUCAAUUCUUCUUUCGAGAAGUUCAACACUGCCAACAUUACAUGAAGAAGGUGAAGCUUUGAAUCUUGAAAUUUCUGAAGGAGCUAUUGGUGGUUUCAACGACCUAAACAGUAAUCGGGUGCCAACACUUAGUAGUAGUUCAUCUAGCAGUAAAGUUCCUAUGUCACUCACGAAAGAUGCUCUUCUUGCAACACAAAUGAGACGACUGGAAAUGAGACCACCUGGAUUACGAGGAAUAUUAUAUCAUGAAGCAAAGACUGCCAAUAUGCCAAAUGUUUCUUAUCUUCCUGUUUCGCGACGGGAUUCAGAAUUGGCAAGUUUAAGCUCGGGGCGAACAGAUUCUGACACAAUGUCUUUGUCAAGUCUUUCAAACGAUGGAAGAUCACAACGUCGUUAUUACCGCCAUCAUAGUUCUAUUCAACGUGCACAAAUACGAGAAAAUGUUGGCACCAAUCAAGCGAUUACUAUCCCUCGAACUGAACAACUCAACCUUAAGAAAGCUUAUCUAUCUCAAGAUCAAUUCCUAGAACAACUUUUACCGAAACUUGAGAAACUUAAGCAUGACCAAGAUCUUCGAGAAAUGAUGAGAAAAAACUUUUCAGAGGGUGAACAAGCGAGAAAUCAUAAACUUUUUGCUGAUGCUUUAAGUGCCAAGUUAAUGUUAGGUGAUGACAAAGAUGAUCAAGACAUUCUCGAUCAACAUGUGUCACGUGUUUGGUCUGAUAGAACGCCACAUCGUUCCCCAGGAAAUAUUUCACCAUGUAAUCAAUUUCAACGUCGACUACCUCACGACAUUGCUUUUGGAAGUACUCAAUCUUCAAUGCGAACUUCAAAGUCAUUGCCAGACUCAAAUAUACGAAAGUUCAGCAAAUGGGGAAGUAUUAAUACCGACAGUGGCAUAAGCUUAUUUUCAUCUGAUACGAUGACAAUGAAGUAUAAAGAUUCGAUGAGUAUUUCAAGUAGUAGCAGUAGUAGUGCAACAAAACCGCAACGAACACAAAUGUUACCGCCUGAAAUCAUUCCUUCAGCAGGAUACAGUCGAAUGGCACAACAAUUGGAAGAUGUCCGAAGGUCGAAAGGACAUUUACAACAGCCCCCAUUACCACAAAAAAAUGUCAUACCACCGCCACUACCAGCCAAGAAUUUUGUUCAAUCAUCAUCAUCAGCAUCGUCAUCAUUACUACAACAAAACUCAACAACAAUAACAAGAGCUGUUCCAUCAGCACCUGAGCCUACGACCACCGUUAUUUAUUCAUUUUGCGAUGGAGAUUUGCCUUAUCGAACGCAUAUACCUGGAAGACAAGCGCCUACGCUUAAACAAUUUAAGGAGUUGAUGCCUAAGAAAGGAAAUUAUCGAUUUUUCUUCAAAACUCGGUGUGAUGACGAAGAUAAUCCGAUAAUUCAGGAAGAGAUUUGCAAUGAUUCAGAUGUUUUGCCAUUGUUUGAAGGUAAAGUUAUGGCAACAUUGAAGUUAGCAAAUUAAAAAGAGGACUGGAAGCGUAAUUUUUGUGACAUUUCUGAGCUGGCUUCUCAUGAAGGGACGUUUGACGAAUUUUUAUUAUUUUUAGUAGAAUGAAAAUUUUGUAAAAAAAAAUGCAAUCAUAUCAGGAUGAAAAGUUUUUCCACACAGCUUUAUUUCUUGCGGAAUAGUCGAAUCAAAUUAAUUCUUUUCUUUAAGAGCAGGAAAAAAAGAAAAUUUUUUGAAAAUGGGAAUAAGAAGCAGAAAAUCAAAAUAACUUUUAAGAAAUUGUUAUUAAUAAAUGAAAUUGCUUGCCAUUGCGAAAUAAAUCAAAUAAAAUUGAAUUUUUAUAUCCAUUGACAAUCAGAUUUCGGCGUCGAAAUCUUGUCGCUUUGUAAAUUUAAUUAUUUUUUUAAUUAAAAAAUUACAUCGUUUCCGAGAAAUUCUCGUCAAAUGAAAGGCAAAGCUUAUGCAAAUGGUUUCUUUUGAAUUAGAAAGAAUUAUUUGUGUGGUUAAAAAUUAGUUCAUUUUCUUAAAAAUUUAAUUUAACCUUAAGAACUAUUUUUUAAAUUUGAAAUUUAUUACAAGGAAAAAAAUCUUGUAAAUAAUUAUUCUUCAUUUUCGAUUGUUAAGUAACAGAAUGCGUAUGAAUAACUUCAUAUUAAUGAAAAGUUCGGUUUUUUAAAUGACUUAAAAUCUUAAAAUUAUGUCUUCGGAAAGCUCACAAGUCUUUUUUUCGAUUUCUUGCACAACAACAAAAAAAACCCCACAAUAAAAUGACUGAAUUAAGAAGAAAGCAAUAUACUGGAGAAUGCAAAAAGCCCUUCUUUGUUAUUCAUGUCAAUUUGAUUUUCAAACAUGUAAGGAUGAUAAAGAAUUUAAAAUUUAAAUGAACAAGCAGUGCCUUCAGACAAGAAACACAAAAAUUGUGUCAAAACUGCACCAAAAAUUUAAAAUUUAACUCCCAAAUUAAGACAAGAUCGAACUUUAGAUAUAUGAAUUAUAUUUUCUGAUGUUGACGACCAAAUCAUAAGAAAAACUGUAAAUACCUAAAUAAUCGAGAGAAAUAAAAGAAAUUCAACAUUGAAAGUUGAUACGAAAC